AUCCGCUACAGUGGUCAGAGACUUCCGGGAGAUGUACAGCAAAGGAAGGGGUGGCAAGGUGUGACAGCGCCGAUGGGCGGUGUCUAGACGCGAAGGGAGACGAAUUGCCAAAUUAAUCAUCGGUCCCGCCCGUUGGAAUUGAUGUGAUCUACAACUUCCAACAAACUUUGACAGAUAACGACUCUACAUCCUUUGGACGUCUCUCAUUCCUCAAGGAUUGUCCGCAAGAGUCACCUAAUGGAUGCAUCAUCUUCCCACUUGCUUCUGCCGGCAGUGCAAACACUCAAAGUUGCUGACGAAACUCAACAGUUGCAGGAGUCUGUAGGACCUCGUAUAAUCAUCCAGGAGUCCGUACAACCCGAUCCUCCGCGACCAAUCAUUAUGCCUGUUAAUUUUGGCUCUUCCAACGAAAGCGAAAACAAUGACAAGGCAGGCUCUUCGUCCUCUCGUACGAAACAACGUCGCGUCUCGACUUCGGCAUUGCCAACACUGUCCAAUCCUGCAACCAGCAUUAGUGGCUCGCCGUUCAACUGGACAUUUAGAGACGAGAUGGGGAUAACCCCACGAACGAACCCGACCUCACUGCAGCCUCCCAGAGCUACAUCAGAGCGCAGGGAACUGGUUGGAGGCAUCAAAAAGUUGAAGCCACGCAAACCCGUCAACAACGAUCCGGAUGCGAAUCAAGCUUCUACUUCAUUUGCUUUACCCAAUCCCCCGAAACGCGCGAAAAGGAAUAUGUGGACAGAGAGGGAAACUCAAUAUCUGGUCGAAGGUUGCAACAUCCACGGAGUUGGGAACUGGAAGCUGAUCUUGGAGGAUCCGGGGUUUGAGUUUCAAGAUCGCAGUCCUGUUGACCUAAAGGACCGAUUCCGUGUUUCCUUCCCCGAGGCAUACAAAAAAUACUACCCGAACGCGAAGACCCACCUUUCGAACAAAACGUCUGCACUUGCCCUCGAAGAACCAGUCUUCGAAAGGGCGCGACAGAAUAAGCGCCGGCCAUUCUCGCCUGAAGAAGAUGAAGCUUUAAGACGAGGUUAUGAAGAGCAUGGAACUGUUUGGUCUGCCAUUGCCAAAGACCCAAUUCUAUCAUCUCGAAAGAGUACGGAUCUGCGGGAUAGAUUCCGUAACGCAUUUCCAGAGCUUUACGCUCAGGCGGGCUACAAGCCGAGACGGAAGUCAAAGAAGACAUUAUCGGAACCCUCAACUCCCGCCGAAGAUCCUGACGCUCCACCACCGAUUCUUUUCCCCGCGUUGUCUGGGAGGCAGCGUCAAAUGUCUGAGGUUGCCUCGAGGCCUCUGUUAAAACUCUCUCGCCGAGCGAAAUCACACAAAUCUGUGGACUUUAGUGCCCCAUGUUCGGAUACUGAUGAUAGUUCAGGAGAAGAGGACAACACCCGACAAGUGGCCCCUCCGUUGACUCGAAAGAACAACGAACAACCACCUGAGCCCGCAAAAGGGGACCAGCUGCGAGAGAAUGCCGGAACACCACUUCUACCUAAAGUGCAGCUGCCGCCUGGUUUAGAGCCAAACACUCUCGACCUGACAUCCGCGCAACUCAUUAACCCCCUUAGUCCGCCAUCUGUGACACAGCACUUGAACAGUCCCAGAAUCCCAGGAUGUGUCCCUUUGCCUUCAAACUCCGUCGUUUCGUCGCCGUCCAACUUCAUUACUGCUUCUAAUGUCCGAAUCGGCAAUUCCCCAUGGGGUCCAUCCUGGCUGUCCACCAAUCCGAAGCUCGAUAAUCAGUUCAGAGAUUCUUUCAUGGGUUGGCCCACUAUCCCAGAGCACGGCGUAUUCGACAGAUAUGAUCUUUACUCUGGCCAAGCCGUCGGCCAUGAUUUCGCUUCUGAGGCGGGGAAUAAACCGUCACACUCAUACCCCCAUUCUGGGGGAGGUUUACCUGGUUUUUCUCACCAUCACUAUGCUGGAGAUCUGAUAUCUGGUGCCGGAGCAUUUGAAGGACAAGAUUUCGAAUACCUUUCAACCACAUCUGGUACAUCUCAUCUUGACGUUGGGCAGCUCAGUUUACAGGGGAUGGAUGAAGCCAGUGAAGCCUUCGGAAUCGAAGAUGCACUCAAUAUUGAGGAUGACGGCUUGUUUUCCGUUUCACUCGAACGUCCCCAGACGGCGGAGCCUGGCACUUUUGGGAAACAGAGCGCCAAUGGCUCAAAUCUGGCUAAGAGACCGUCAACAGCGACGGGACCAUCGCAUACUUUUGGGGCUUCCCAACAAGGCGGCCUCACAACCUUCGGCAGACCGACAACUCUGCAGAUGGGUUCCACGUCCACAUCCUUCGCGCCCUUGACACAACUGGAAGGGUCACAUCUCGCCCCUGCUUCCAGUGUCACGUCUUCGCCAUUCUCAUUGCAGUCUUCUCAAUCCACAUUCAGCAACCUUACAUCUUCCUCUUCCGUCACUUCAUUUCCGUUACCGCCUACAUCGUCUAUCUCCCCAGCGGCGCUAUCAACUAUUCCCAACCAUGUCCAGCAAUCAUCAUUUCAGCAAUCGAUAUUUUCCCGGCCCACAUCACACACCAUCCCCACACCUCAUAUCACCGAUCUGCUUCGCAACCCCCAAGGGAGCACAGACAAUCACCGUCUUCCACCCACGCCAAUCGACCCGCUUCUUUGCACCAUUCCAUCAUCCAAUUCACCAACAUUCAAUUUUGUUGAACCCCUCUCAACCGCUGCGCUGGACCUUCACUAUGGCCUGAAUCCUUCCGCCAGGCUUUCCCCUUAUUCAGGGAAUCCCGACUUUUCGCGAUUCUUCCACACAGAGCUGGAAGUAUCACCAGUUCCUGAGAAGGGAAUGUCUCUAGCAGAAACGGACCCGAAUAUAGUGUCCUCGCAUCCUACAUCGUGCGAUGUUGGCUCUGUUGUAGAACAAGGAUCGGGGUCCGGCCAUCGACAUGCACGCGGACAGUCAUUCAACGUGGCUUCUACUGAUGAAUCCAAUGGAUCCACUUCCGUGGGGAAUAAGCGAAAACGCGCCAGCUGGGAUGGGAGGACAGCUUAGAGAGAUAUGCAGUCGUGUUUACCAUACUUUUGUUCUUUUAUGAGUUCACGG